AUGCCGAAAGAACCUCAAGCGAAGCGUCAAAAGGAGAAAGAAACUCCACCACCACCGCCUCCGGAUAAUCCUCGUCAAUGUCAUUUUUGGGUAAAACGUAAGAGACGAUAUUGUCAUCUUCCAACAAAGAUCGACAAUGACUUUUGUGGAGAACACGCCAUUUAUGAUGCAAAGAAAAAAGGCAAAGAACGCAUUGUCUGCCCCUAUGACCCAUCGCAUACAGUGAAUAAGGAUGAGCUCAAUAAACAUUUAGAAAAAAAAUGUAACUCUCGUCCUCCACCUAAUCCACCAUAUUUCUCUUUAAACAUCAAUUGUACUUUACCGUUCCCUGAAUUUGAAGAAAAAAUGACGCUUUCACAUCUUUCUAAAGAAACAUUAGAUACUCUGAUAAACAAUGUAAAUCAAUGGUAUCAACAACUUGUUCCGAAAAUAAAGACGGAAGUGAUGGAUCACCUUGUUUUAAAGGAAAAAAAAGAAUCAACUAAAAAUGGAAAACAUGCGGUUCAGCAAGCUUCUUUAAUUGGUCAUUUAGAAAGGUUACAGUUGCUACGCAAAGACGCUUGUUUCAUAGAAUAUGGAUCCGGUAAAGGUGAAUUGUCAUAUUUCACAAAAUUAGCUGUUCAGGAUGAAGGCUCGGCUUCUUUCAUUUUAAUAGAUCGCAAGAAUACGCGUUGCAAGUUUGAUAAUGUAAUAAGAGGCAAUUCAGAAAAGAAAUCAUUAGUGAAACGUGUCGGAAUGGAUAUUAAAGACUUGGAUUUAUCAAAAUUAGACCUUUUAAAGGGUAAAAAUGUCGUGGUGUAUUCCAAACAUCUUUGCGGAUCGGCAACAGACAUCACUUUGAAAUCAUUGGUCAAUCACUCAAAGUCUAAUAUAGAUCGAAUGCAUUAUUCUGGUCUAGAGCAUUCAGUAAGAGAACAAUUAGGAUACAAAUGUAAACGAAUAAUAGAUAUAGGAAGAACAAAGUAUUUAGAAGCAAAUGGAUUUGAUGUGGAAUUAAUUUAUUAUGUUGAACCAUCAACUUCUCUAGAAAAUUUGGCAUUGAUGGCCAUACCUAAAAACAAAUGA